AUGCAGUGCAUGACGGUGAGGCUGAUCCGCGUGUGGUUGCAGCGCAUGGGGCACGUGUGCCAGUACGAGUUGGGUGCUGCGCUCAUGAUUGCGGCAGAGUGGCGGCACGACGUUGUGGCGCUGUGUGUGUUGUGUGGCCGUGGCAUGCCGGCGAUUGUGAGGGACGUGGCGGACACGGAGCUGCUGGAGUGGGAGAAGGUGGCGGACUUUGCGGCGCAGCGGGAGCGCAUGACGGCUGCGUGUGGUGGGAGGGCCCGACGAUCCCGAGGCCUGUGCUGGAGGGGCGCGUGCUGGAGUGAGCGUGGCGUGCCUGUGAGGGCCUGA